AUGGCCAUCCUCGAGAGCGUGCCUGGUAUUGAGGUCACGAUCGAAGUCGCCGGAAGCACCGCAGAUGAAUUUGAUGACCCCAACACGACGAACCCAGCCUCGGAGAAGUCUCUGACCAAGUACAUUGAGUGUAUCGACGAUGCCGAAUUCGCCGUGAUGACCAAAAUUGGCCAUGGCUUCUUGUGGGAUGAGGCUCAAGUUUUGGUUUUCACCAUACAUGUGGACGGCGUCCCCGCAAGAGCUAAAAUAUUUGGCCCGCGUAACGUGGACAAAGUGCAAAAGUGUGAAGGCGUGUUGGAACACCAGCCAGGGAAGGCGGGUUGGGGGGUCCGCAAGUUCAAGUUUUCCCCGAUGCAGAUAGUCGAUGCUGCGAAUAGGAACAAUACCCAUUCGACAAAGUCAAUAUACUCGAAGCUUGGGACCCUUAGCAUCGAAAUUGAGCGCCGCAUUAUACUCACAAAGAAGAAUUCCUCCUCGAUUGCCUACAGUGGAACCCGGCCCGCCUCUGUUACAGAAAAGCAGAUCAAGGGCCAAGCUGUAUCCCAUAGCGUAUCAGUGUCAUCCAAGCUGGAGACAGUCAACCCAACAUUCUUCGACACCAAGCCUGUAGCAUCAGACGAUGGCCCGAUUGCGGUCUUCAACUUCUUGUAUCGUUCUCGGACUGCGCUCAAGCAUGAGCUGAUCAUCCCUAGAACACCAUCCCCAGAUCCACUGGAUGGCAUGUCCAUGGAGGAGUUGCGGAAGCUCGCGCGAAUAGGAAUGAGUCGGCCUUUCAAGCCCGAAGGCGGAGUGAAGCGCGAGCGAGCCGAGCCAAGUGAUUCUAUCGAUCUCACGGAGGAAAAGGCCUUUCUGCAGACUGCCAAGCGGACCCGUCGCGAGCCUCCUGUUGAUUUGACAGACGAUUGA